AUGGGAGGCCUUUCAUUAAAUACUGGUUAUUUACAAACAAAUAGAGGAGUUAUUAAAAUUUUACAGAUUAUUUUUGGAUUUAUUGUUUGUUCUUUGCUUUGUUAUUAUUGGUAUGGAGGAAGAACAUGUUUUUAUGAGGGUAGAUUGGGGUUUGUGAGCGGUGUAAAUUUUAUUAUUGUCAUCAUUAAUUUAGUUUUAUUUGUUCUAAGUUUACUCAAUGUUGCAAAUUAUAAAAUGGAAAGAAUUUAUUCGAUUGUUGGGAUGGUCCUUUUUAUUAUUGCUUUUGCUAUAAUGUUUUGGUAUUUAAUUGAAUAUGAAUUCAAUCAUAGCCAACAACACAUUGCUGCAACGAUACUUGUUGGAAUAAUAAUGGGAUUAUUUAUUUGGGACUAUAAAAUUCUGCAUGGAGACGCAUUUAACUAA